AUGAACGUCCAAUCCAAGAUCGCUUCCGUAUUCUACAGCAACCCUAAGCUUCUGCCCAUCCUCUCUGAAGGCAAACUUACUCCCGCUGCGGUGCAUGCCUGGGAAUAUGUGUGCCUCCAAUACUUCAAGGAGAGGGACAUCGAGGAUGCCAAGAAGGUGGCCAAGGUCACCGGUGGGUUCCAGGAGACUCUGAUGAAGGACUGGUACUACAACGAUGCCGUGAAAUGGGACACGAUGUCGUGA